AUCAUUUCUAUUUCGUAUGGAGAAAUAUUGACUAGGAUAAUUUUGUUUAUUGAUAAUUAUAUCAAGACUCUCGAGAGAGCCUGAAUUUAACGAAAAGUGUGAGAGAUUUAAAAUAUAGUUUUUCUUUUUUAUGUGGAGGGACAAAAUGAUGUCAAUAAGGAACCCGCUUCAUUAUUUUCAUCCAUUUGAGCAAAAAAUUCCAGAUAAGGAGGACUCGCGAAGUAAGCCUAAUAUUUAUGAAAUGUUUUAAUUUAUUGGCAACUGUUUAAAAGAAAAGGUUAUAUCAUGUCAUUACGCACAUGCGGUUAACUGUUUUAGCAUGGGUAGUGAGUAUUGUGAAACUGUGAAAGUGUGCAAUGAAACAGCUGUAUGAGGAUAAGAUAUGCAUUAUGGGCUUAUAGACCUUCGAAAAAUAUUUUUGCCCCCGGCUAAGCCAUGUCGGAUUCAGAAGGAAGUAAUUUUUCGGAUAACGAGAGCGAGCAAGGUAGUCGUCGGCCAAUUAUCCAGAGCGAUAGCGAAGUAGAAAAUCGCUCCGCGAAGAGUGUUUCCAGGUCGCUAUCAAGGUCCAAAUCUAGAUCUAGAUCUAGAUCUAGAUCGAAAUCAAUGUCCCCUACAAGGUCCAGAUCAGUGUCAAGGUCACGAUCUAGGAGUCGCUCAAGAUCAAGGUCGAAAUCUGGUUCUCGUUCUCGUUCGCAUUCUCGGUCCCGUUCUCGCUCCCGUUCUCGUUCCCGUUCUCGAUCAAGAUCACCAUCUGUUGCGGAAGCUGAAGAAGCAAGAUCAGAAGAAGAUGUAGAGCCGGAGGAAGAACCAGAGGGAGAAGAUUUGGACGAUAGCGAAUAUGAUGAGGAAGAAGAUGAAGACGAUGACCGACCAAGAAAGAAGAAAAAGAAGGAAAGGUGCAGUGGUUUUAUCAUUCACGAGGCCGAGGUUGACGAUGAAGUCGAAGAUGAGGACGAGUGGGAAGAAGGUGCCCAGGAAAUUGGAAUCGUGGGUAAUGAAAUUGAUGAACUCGGACCUACGGCUCGAGAAAUUGAAGGAAGGAGAAGAGGCACCAACCUUUGGGAUUCCCAAAAAGAAGAUGAAAUCGAAGAGUAUCUUCGAAAAAAAUAUGCCGACGAAUCCAUGGCUGCACGUCACUUUGGUGAUGGUGGUGAGGAGAUGGGUGAUGAAAUCACGCAACAAACUUUACUUCCUGGUGUGAAAGAUCCAAAUCUCUGGAUGGUGAAAUGCCGCAUUGGUGAAGAAAAAGCAACAGCCCUUUUACUGAUGCGAAAGUUUCUGACAUACCAAUUUUCCGAGGAGCCUCUUCAAAUAAAGUCAGUUGUCGCUCCCGAGAAUGUGAAGGGUUACAUCUACAUCGAGGCGUACAAACAGCCUCACGUCAAAUCUGCAAUCGACAACCCAACCCUGUCCGAAUUGGAGAAAUUUGAGGAAGCGCCUGAAGGAAUUGAUAUUGAAUUGAGUGGGGCACCGGUUACUGGCGUGGCUGGUAAAGAAGAUGCGGCUGUAACGCAUUCUUUCAGCAAUGGCGAUAACGUGGAAGUUUGUGAAGGAGAAUUGAUGAAUCUUCAGGGAAAGAUUGUCUCUAUUGAUGGAAACAUGAUCAUGGUUAUGCCUAAGCACGAGGAACUGAAAGAAGCCCUUGAAUUUCAAGCAAAUGAAUUGCGGAAGUAUUUUACCAUGGGUGACCACGUUAAGGUGCUUGCCGGUCGUUAUGAGGGCGACACAGGGUUGAUAGUGCGCGUGGAGCAGAAUCGGGUAAUUCUUUUCUCAGAUCUUUCAAUGCACGAACUGGAAGUUCUUCCCAGAGAUUUGCAACUUUGUACUGACAUGGCCACCGGAGUCGACAGUAUGGGCCAGUUCCAGUGGGGAGAUCUUGUGCAACUUGAUGCCCAGACGGUCGGAGUGAUCGUUCGACUCGAGCGUGAAAACUUUCACGUGCUUUCUAUGCAUGGAAAGGUUGUGGAGGCCAGACCUCAGGGUCUCACGAAACGUCGGGAAAAUCGACACGCGGUGGCUCUCGAUUCCCAACAAAAUCCUAUCCAGAAAAGAGGUGUGGUGACGGUAAUCGACGGUCCUUACUCAGGACUUGGUGGAGAAAUUAAGCAUCUCUACAGAAGUUUUGCAUUUUUGCACUCGAGGAAAUAUGUUGAUAAUGGAGGUAUCUUUGUUUGUAAAACUAGGCACUUGGAGCUCGUUGGUGGAAACAAAGCUGCGGCCUCAUCGUCGAUACCAUCUUCGUCGGUGUUAAUGUCGCCAUCCAUCGCUUCUCCGGUACAUCCGAGUGGUGGUUUUGGAAGAGGUGCAGGUGGUGGCAGGGGAAGAGGUCGAGGAGGAGGACCUGGAGGAGGAGCUGCAAAACGUGAUCGAGAACUAAUCGGUACCACGAUCAAGAUCACUGGAGGAUCUUACAAAGGAAACGUCGGUAUCGUCAAGGACGCGACGGAGACUACUGCCAGGAUUGAACUCCAUUCAUCCUGUCAGACAAUUUCUGUUGACAGGUCUCACAUUGCCAAUGUGGGAAUCCCCUCAAAAGAAGGUGGAUUCAGCAGCUACAGCAGAACUCCAGCUUACGCUACUGGAAAUCAAACCCCGAUGUACGGCAGAGACGGUUCCAAGACUCCUAUGCAUGGCUCUCAGACACCUAUGUACGAAACUGGUUCGCGUACGCCUCAUUACGGUUUCAUGACGCUGUCACACGAUUACAAAUUUAACUCCUCGGGAACUGGUUACUCUGCUAGUCCUCAUGGACCUUUUGCCACUCCCUCACCCGCCGGAUACAGUCCCAUGACUCCUGGAGCAGCGAGAAGUCCGUACAAUCCUCAGACUCCUGGAUCCAGUGUAGAUACAGGAGGGUCUGGAUUAUUGGGUUUAGAGUGGUGCACCACAGACAUUGAGAUACGAAUUCGCGACUCCCAUCCAGAUCUUGGUCUUUCGGGGCAAACUGGGGUUAUCAGGGGAAUUUCCGGCGGUAUGUGUGCCAUUUUCUUGCCAGACGAGGAUAGGACCGUGAAUUUAGAAUGCGAUCAACUAGAACCUAUCGUUCCAAAAAGAGGCGAUCAUGUAAAAGUGAUUGUAGGAGAAGAUCGAGAGGCAGUCGGAGUUCUACUGUCAAUCGAUAAUCAGGAGGGUGUUGUAAAAAUAAACAACGAGGAAGUCAAAAUGUUACAGCUUCGAUUCCUCUGUAAAAUGAAAGCCUAAUUUAAUUAGGCUAUAUUUUGUUACCUAACUCUUCCAAACUUUAUUGUUGACUCUAUCACAUUAGUUUUAUAAAUGCAAUUGUUAUUUCGAAUAAAGAAAGAUUUAUUAGGGUUAGUUUGA